AUGCGUAAGUGCAUCUUUUGGACGCCCGUACGACCGGGAGAACGGCGACGCGCCUCAAUAGGCUCACCGCAAAGUGAGCUGCACAUUCCCUCGCCGGGGCCGUGCGGUAAGGGAACUGUUGGCCUCGUCCGCAUCGAUGGUGAGGUGCCGCUGAUGGGGGACAUGAGCUCCAACAGUGUCAUUGACUCCGCCUGUGAGCCACGAGCAACGUUGGCUCCCUUGGCGGCAAGCAACAAGCUGGGCGGUGAACAUCGCAAUGCACUUAGCGCCGUUCAUGGCAACGACGCUCGCAGCGCGGAGCGAAAUUUAUCGGUGACUUACGAAAAAGAAAGGAAUGGGAACAUGAAGGAGGUGGCGUGCCGGUACACGUGUGCGUUGACCUCUUCCCCGAAGCGGACGCUUGCGAGUACCGAUACCGUUGCAACACCUGUUGAACUUUACACGUUGUUUUGUCGCGCUGCAGAAUUACCACCACCUGCGAUGGAGCAGCAACAGCAGCAGCAGCAACCACGUGUGCGGUCGCCUAUACCAGAAAGGCCAGACACGGAAGCGCCUGUCUCCACCUUUUCGCGUGGACCGCAACGGUGGCUCGGUCGGCGACUGAAGUCACCAAUGCCAGACGAGGACAAUGAUUACGACGUUACCGUCAGCUGCGGUAGCGAGAAGUUGCUGGUGAGGGGAGAGAAGCAAGGAAACCAAAAAAGGGAUGAGGAAUGUGGCCAGAGCAUUCUGGUAUCCUGCUCCGACAAAAGGCUGCAAGACUCUGCUCAUGUUACUGCAGAGAACACGGUGGCUUCCGUGCCUCCAAAGAAGCCGCCCGUUAUGCGUUCACCUUUGCCGCGCUUUCUUGGUGCAAGCUCGACGCCAUUGGACUGGGAAGCGAGGCAGCACAUAGAGGGAGGGAAGUGGUGCAGCCCUGACACAGCCUCGGUGCGUCAUCGUUCACGUGCUGACCCCACGUGUGCUGCGUCUGUUGGCCACCAUCCUGCGGCAGAGACGUGUGAGCCCUGUCAACAGUCCGCUGUCACAUCUGCCUUUGAAUUACGUGCUUUGCCAGAGGAGCCACCGGGUGACGCGUUGACGGUGGUUGACAUUGACCUUUCUCCCGACACCAGCGCACCAGAGCUGGUCGACUGGCACGUUCUUGUGGAAGAGUCCAUCACCCUGGACCUGACGGUGGGUUCCGAGGAGGUGGAAGAAGCGCCACAGCAGCCGGUGAGGUGUUUGGAAAGUCCUUUUUUGCCCACGAAUGCAGGAUGUGGUGGAGUGCAUAAUGUUGACAACUCGAGGUCCUUCUCAACGCUGCCCGCAUCGGCAGCAUCCACAGUGCUAGUAGCAGAAGAAAAGGAGGCAAUGAGGUUGUCCCCGCAGUCGCCGCAACAAUGGGAGGCAACGUGGCCACUGCCGUUGGAUAGUCGCGACAGUGUGGCAUACCAAACCUUGUGGCCUCCUUCUACUCAGCCCAUGGACAGCAAUUCAUUUGGUAGCGCAUGCGAUGAGGAAGAGUUUGGGGUUAUUCGACACUCUUCUCCGCUAAAAAGCGUGCUCGCUCGUCUUGCUGCAAACAAGGAUCAUCAUCUUCACGGUGGUGGAGGAGGCGAAGUGCGGAGCACGGCGUCGCCUCUUCCAUCACCACCUCUGACUUCUGUUUCUUCGACGGCAGAAAUGCAGGGUUCAUUGUCGCAUCAACGCAAGACACAUCAGUUUGAUUUGGCGCCGCUGCCGCUGGUUGUGGAACUCUGUCGCGCGUUGCUUCCAUUUGCGCGGAGGCUACUUUUGUUGCUUGCGCAGGAGAGCGGUGGCAGUGCGGGCGUCGUGUGUGAGGUCUGUGCUGAGGUUGCAAACUCCAUUUUAGAGGCGGAGGGAGUCCGUCACGUGCGAGCGACGCGCCACCUUUGCCGCACUAUUGCGGUCCUGGGCGGCGCCGAUGCCUUAGAUGAUAGCGCGCUGCCGUACGCCAUAUUUGUGGCGAGUCUGCUGCAGUUGGCGGGGGGGCCGUAG